GUGUGGGAGGUUCUCGAUAAUAAGAGGUGCCCGAAAUUCAUUGUCCACUCUGCUGAAGGGAAAAAUAUUUCGCCUUUGACAUAUUGUAACUGUUCGGGCAAGCUGGACUCCUGCCCCUAGUUAUCAUUUUUACAUUCCGUUUUUCCUCGACGUUUUGCUAUUUUGUACGAGGCAAUUAUUAUUUACGGAUUGGCAACCUCACUGAUACUUGGGGUAUUUUCUUCCGUGAAAAGAGUAGUCUAUGGAGUAGGGACCCCUCCGCGAGUUAGGUUUUUUUUAUCUAGAAAAAGCGCACGGAAUACUUUGCCUCAAAUGCAGCUCUGAUAUUAUAAAAACAUAUAUAUAUAUAUAUAUAUAUAUAUAUAUAUAUAUAUAUAUAUAUAUUAGAAAACACGAGUCAAGAUGGAUCUGAGGCUACUUUCAAUAGCAACAUUAUUAGCAACCCUAUGUUUCUGCAGUGCACAGCAAGAGGGCAGUGAUUGCAUCAAGGCCAAUGCACAAUCAUGUGGGGAAUGCAUCCAGGUGGCAGAGAAAUGUGGAUGGUGUACAGACACUGACUUCCUGAAGCAGGGAGAGUCUAAGUCAGCACGCUGUGAUGAGCUACAGUCCCUGAUCACGAAGGGCUGCACUAAGGCCAAGAUUGAGAACCCCCGGGGCAGCACCUCCAUCACCAAGAACAAGCCUGUCACCAACCGCAAGAAGGACAUGGCAGAGAAGCUGAAGGCUGACCAGAUCACUCAGAUCCAGCCUCAGAAACUCACCCUCAACCUCCGAUCCGGUGAGGCCCAGACCGUUAAGUUGAAGUUCAAGAGGGCAGAGGACUACCCCAUCGACCUCUACUACUUGAUGGAUCUCUCCUUCUCCAUGAAAGACGAUUUGGAGAACGUCAAGAAUCUGGGGACUGACCUGAUGCGUGAGAUGAAGGAGGUCACCUCAGACUUCAAGAUCGGUUUCGGCUCCUUUGUGGAGAAGACGGUGAUGCCAUACAUCAGUACUACCCCAGCCAGACUGCUGAACCCCUGCACCAACACCAACGACACCUGCACCAGCCCCUUCAGCUAUAAGAACGUGCUGAAGCUGACUGAGAACGGGGAGGAGUUCAACAACCUGGUCAGUAAGCAGCAGAUCUCUGGAAACCUGGACUCCCCUGAGGGAGGAUUCGAUGCCAUCAUGCAGGUGGCCGUCUGUGGGGAUGCCAUUGGCUGGAGGAACGUCACACGUCUGCUGGUGUUCUCCACUGACGCUGGCUUCCACUUUGCUGGAGACGGCAAGCUGGGCGGCAUCGUUCUGCCCAAUGAUGGGAAGUGUCAUCUGGAGAACAACAUGUACACCAUGAGCCAUUACUACGACUAUCCCUCCAUUGCCCAUUUGGUCCAGAAACUGAGCGACAACAACAUUCAGACCAUUUUUGCUGUUACUGAGGAAUUCCAGCCUGUUUACAGAGAACUGAAGAACCUCAUCCCCAAGUCUGCAGUAGGAACUCUGUCCUCCAACUCCAGCAAUGUCAUCAAGCUCAUUAUCGAUUCUUACAACUCUCUGUCAUCUGAAGUCAUUCUGGAAAACGGCAAGCUGCCUGAAGGUGUAUCCAUAACAUACAAGUCCAUCUGCAAGAACGGUUGGGUAGGAACAGGAGAGAAUGGAAGAAAAUGCUCUAACAUCUCCAUUGGAGAUGAGGUGUCCUUUGAGAUUGCCAUCAAGUCCGAGAAGUGUCCGCCUCAAGGCAAGUCCGAGACCAUUACAAUCAAGCCCCUGGGUUUUACUGAGAAUGUGGAGAUCGUCCUCAACUUCAUCUGCGAAUGUGAAUGUUCCAAAGAUGGAAAACCUCUCAGCGAGAUGUGCCACAAUGGCAACGGGACCUUUGAGUGUGGAGCCUGCAGGUGCAACGAGGGCCGUAUUGGCAGACUGUGUGAGUGCAGUACAGACGAGGUGAGGACGGACGACCUGGACGCUAACUGUCGGAAGGACAACGGUACAGACAUCUGCAGCAACAACGGAGACUGUGUGUGUGGAACCUGUGAGUGUAAAAAGAGAGAGAACCCAGAAGAACGUUACAGUGGGAAGUUCUGCGAGUGUGACAACUUCAACUGUGACCGCUCCAACAACAAACUCUGCGGAGGACAUGGACGUUGUGAGUGCAGGGUGUGUAUCUGUGAUGCCAACUACACGGGCAGCGCCUGCGACUGUUCCCUGGACACCUCCACCUGCCUAGCAGCCAACAAGCAGAUAUGUAAUGGCCGGGGCACCUGCGAGUGUGGCGUCUGCAAGUGCACCAACCCCAAGUUCCAGGGUCCCACCUGUGAGAUCUGCCCCACUUGCCCCGGAGUCUGCGCUGAGCACAAGGACUGUGUUCAGUGCCGGGCCUUUGAGACAGGAGAGAAGAAGGACACGUGUGAGAGGGACUGCAGCUACUUCAACCUGAUCAGAGUGAAGGACCGGGAUAAGCUGCCCCAGCCAGCCGACCAGUCCUACCCCCUAUCCCACUGUAAGGAGAGGGACGCCAACGACUGCUGGUUCUACUACACCUACGCCGUCAGGAACCACACAGAGAGGGAGGUCUACGUGGUCAACACUCUGGAGUGCCCAGCGGGUCCUGACAUCAUCCCCAUCGUGGCUGGCGUGGUGGCGGGCAUCGUGCUGAUCGGCCUGGCCCUCCUUCUCAUCUGGAAGCUGCUCAUGAUCAUCCAUGACCGCAGGGAGUUUGCCAAGUUCGAGAAGGAGAAAAUGAACGCGAAGUGGGACACGGGAGUGAAUCCCAUCUACAAGAGUGCCGUAACAACUGUUUUCAAUCCAAAAUACGAGGGCAAAUGAUGGCGCUUCCUCUGUCAUUACAACACUGUAUGCAAAAGAAUAUGGAAGGAGGGGUGUUUUAUGUUCACUUUGGUUUUUUAGUUGCCAAAUGAUAGCAGUGCAUUUUGCCACCAUUUCAGUAUGUUUUACUAACUGCUUUUUCUAUGCAUUGUUUGAAUUGUACAGUAUGUAUAAACUUGGGUUUUACCUUGUUUGGGGAACUUGAGAGUCCUUUAAAACUGAAUUUUUGCCACUGGAAUGGUAGGGUCAUUGAAGGUGUGGUUGUGUCUUUCAAAGAACCGUGGAGCCAUUUUUUCUGUUUUGAGGGUGAAAUUGGAUGUCGAUAUAGGACAAGAUAUGUAGCGAUAGCUGGCCAUUGGGACAGCAAUAAAUUGUAAUGUGUACAGUUUGUAGGCAAUGGAUUCUGUCUAAGCCAUAUUUUAGUGACAGAAAAGGCUGGAAGCAAAGGUAUGUUUCUUUUCAAUUACUUUCUUCAACCUGAACAAUCAGUUGAAUAAUUUUUGGGGUUUGUCACGAUAUUUGUGAAUCUUUAUAAAUGAAAUCAAGUACAGUAGUGGUAUUAUAGGCUCCAGGUUUACAUUUUUUUGUUUUAAAGUAGACUCAGGUCCCUAUUAAACUCCUCAUUAAUAGCAAUGCCAAAUAAGACAUGACUCACUGCCUUCUCGUUUUAAGUGUCUUGUUUCAGUUAAAGAAAUGUAAUUCUGAAUGGGGUUCUGAAUGUUUUUUUACUUGACCUAAAGCCCCAGCUUUCUUUUUUGCUGUCAAAUCAUUCUCACCUUAAUCCUUUUCUAAUUUGAUGGUUUGAUCAAACUGUCUUCCAUUGAAUAAUGGUGAUUACAUUUCAGUUAUAAACAUCAGUGUUAUGGGAAUGAUGUCAGUUAGAUCUUUGUAAAAUUUCAAACAUCCCACUUAGUUGUAAGAACACGCCGUGCUCUUUGUUUUUAAAGGGUAUUUUUAUUUCAUCAAAUUCACAUUUCGCAAAUAUUUUAUUUCUGAAAUGUUUUAUUAAAGUUCCAAUACAAAUUACCCUAACAUUGCUACAUGCUGCAUGUGUGUGUGUUAAUUAUUGUGUCCUUGCUUUAUCUUACUGUUAGAGAGAAUCCAGUGGAAUGUAUCCAAGGUUACAAUUUCCAGGGAAUGUUCAGGGAAUCCAGCUUUCUACUCACUGCCUAUCUUAUGCUACCCACAUGUUUUCUACAGUUAAAGGUCCAAUGCAGCUGUUUUUAUCUCAAUAUCCAAUCAUUUCUGGGUAACAAUUAAGUGAUUGUUUUCAAUUAAAAUGAUCAAAAAGAAACAAAUAGCUUCUUAGCGAAGAGCAAUUUCUCAAGCAAGAAUUGUUAUAGUCUGGGAGUGGUCAAAGUGAGGAAAGGAAGAGAGGUUUGGAACUCUUUCUUAUUGAUCUAUGAACUAUACUGAAUUAAAAUAUUAAUGCUACAUGUAAAGUGUUGGUCCCAUGUUUCAUGAGCUGAAAUAAAAGAUCCCUGAAAUGUUC